GAAAGCAACAUUGAGACGGUAUUAAAUUGUUCAUAGUCUCUGCCAUUUUGCUUUUGGAAUUGUUCUUUUGUUUCUCAUUAUAGUGAGUGAUGGCAGCUGAAGAUGAAAAGAAAGAGAAAGAAAAAAUUGAGGUGAUUACUGCGGUUUACAAUGUUAAUCUCCAUUGCCAGCAAUGCGCAAACGAUAUCAAGAAGCCUCUUUUACGUACACAAGGGGUUCACACUGUGGAAACUGACAUGGAGAAGAGUGAAUUGAAGGUUAAAGGUGCGAUCGACCCAGUUAAAAUUCAGAAACAAAUAGAGAAAAUAAGUAAGAGAAAGGUUGAGUUGAUAUCUCCAAAAAUCAAGGCCAAGGAAAGUGUUACAGUAGAGAAGAAAGUCAAAGAAACUAAAGAAUUGAUUUCGCGUACAACAUCAGUGAAAGUUCACAUGCACUGUGACAAAUGUGAGCAAGACCUGAGGAAAAGGCUACUAAGGCACAAAGGUAUUCACAACGUUAAAACUGACAUGAAAGCACAAAAUCUAACGGUUGAAGGAACCAUUGAGCCUAAAAAACUACUAUCGUACUUGAAAAAGAAGGUGCACAAACAUGCAGAGAUUAUAAAGUCAGAGAAAAAGGAGGAGAAAAAAGAAAAAGAGAAAGAGAAAGAGAAAGAGAAAGAGAAAGGUAAACCAGCCGAGAAAGGUGAAAGUAAACCCAGUGAGAAAGGAGAUGGCAAAACUACUGGGAAAGAUGAAGGGAAAAUCACUGAAACAACCAAGAUUGUAGAAUUUAAGGAAGAGAAGGUUGUGGAGGUUAAAACUAAAGAGGGCAAUGCGCCAUACUUUAUUCAUUACGUUUAUGCUCCCCAAAUGUUUAGUGAUGAAAAUCCAAAUGCUUGUUCUGUAAUGUAGAAAGAGUGUUCUGACUUUA